AUGGUAGCCAAUCCCGCCAGCGUGUACUGUAUCGAAAUAGGAGGGACGCUAGAGAUCCGAAAGGACGGGGAAGGCAACGAAGUUGGAUACUGCAAGCUACCUGAUGGCAGUGAAGUUGAAGAAUGGGAGCUAUUCCGCACAGCUCAUGCGGAAGAGUCUAAGAGUGCGGAGGAUAGGAGCAGCCAAGCGGGACAAAUGGGCACUGGAGGAAGCGAUGAUCAGAAGGUGCUAGGUAGUAAAUGA